GUGCCCGUGCGGUGCAGCCGUGCUCGCCGUGCACGCCGUGGUGGUGCACGCCUGCAGGCCGUGGCGCAGUGUCGGGCCAAUGGCCUAGGACCGCCCCGGCCACCCUGUCCCAGCGACAUGAGCACCCUGGGACCCACCCUGGGCCCGGGCACGUCCGACAACCCCCAUGGCGGUGAGCAGGACGCCGCGGCCGCGGCCAGCGCCCAGGACCAAGUGGCGGGCGCGGUCGCGGACGAGAACGAGAAGAAGAAGAAAGGAGCGACAAAAGAAGACGUCAUGAAGUACCUGAUGCUGGUGCUGCAAUGGUUCCGCGCCAACCUGCUGCUGGGCCUCACCAUCACGGCCGUGCUCGUGGGCGUCGUGCUGGGCUUCUUCGGCCGCCUGGCGCGGCCCUCGCCCGAGGCCAUCGAGCUCGUCUCCUUCCCCGGGGAGGUGCUCAUGCGCCUGCUCAAGAUGAUGAUCCUGCCGCUUAUCAUAUCCUCGCUCAUCGCCGGCAUGGCGCAGCUGGACGCGCGCAGCUCGGGCCGCAUGGGCAUGCGCGCGCUGGCCUACUACAUGGUCACCACCGUCCUGGCCGCCAUCGUGGGCAUCAUCGUGGUGCUGGUCAUCCACCCGGGGGACCCGUCCGCCAAGGCCAUCGUGCGCUCCCACUCGCAGGCCGAGACCCGGGUGUCCACCCUGGACGCCAUCCUCGACAUUAUACGCAACAUGUUCCCGGAGAACCUGGUCCAGGCCUGCUUCCAGCAAGUGCAGACAUCGGUUAAAGAGGUACCCGGCACCUACAAGAAGCCCGCCUACGUGGAGAGGACGCUCGUGUACAAGGACGGCACCAACGUGAUGGGGAUGAUCGUGUUUUGCCUGGCCUUCGGCCUGCUGGCCGGACAGAUGGGCCGGCGCGGCCGCAUCAUGGUGGACUUCUUCGUGGUCCUCAACGACAUCACCAUGAAGCUCGUGGGCAUCAUGAUGUGGUACUCGCCGUUCGGCAUCAUGUGCCUGAUCGCCGGCAAGAUCAUGUCCAUCGCCAACAUGGCGUCCACGGCGCAACAGCUGGGCCUGUACAUGGUGACGGUGGUGCUGGGCCUGCUGGUGCACGGGCUGGUCACGCUGCCCGUCAUCUACUGGGCCGUCACGCGCCAGAACCCCGCCACCUUCUUCAAGGGCAUGCUGCAGGCCUGGGUCACCGCCGUGGGCACCGCGUCCAGCGCGGCCACGCUGCCCGUCACGUUCCAGUGCCUGGAGGAGAACAACAAGAUCGACAAGCGCGUGACGCGCUUCGUGGUGGCGGUGGGCGCUACCGUCAACAUGGACGGCACGGCGCUGUACGAGGCCGUGGCCGCCAUCUUCAUCGCCCAGAUGAACGGCAUCCAGCUGGGCAUCGGCGACAUCAUCACGGUCAGCUUGACGGCCACCUUGGCGAGCAUUGGCGCAGCCUCCAUCCCGUCCGCCGCCCUCAUCACCAUGCUGCUCGUGCUGACCGCCCUGGGGCUGCCCACCUCGGACGUGUCCCUGCUCUUCGCCGUCGACUGGCUGCUGGACCGCAUCCGCACGUCCAUCAACGUGCUGGGCGACGGCUUCGGCGCGGGCAUCGUGUACCACCUGUCCAAGGACGAGCUGGACCAGAUGGACCACGAGCGCGAGGCGGACGACGCGGAGCUCGGCGUGGUGGGGCUGCUGGAGGCGCGCAAGCUGUCCGUGCUGGACGAGGAGACGCGCAAGCGGUCCGUGGACCUCGCCGCCACCUCGGAGACGCAGAUGUGAGCGUGGACGUCGACGUGGACGUCGACGUGGACGUCGUGAAGCGGCGGGUGGUCGGUCGGCACGUCGGCGCCGGCAAGGACGCGGACACGGCGCAGAGGGCGCGCAACCGCGGAACCGUGAGACCCCGAAACCGUGGAACCGCAAACCGCGGAGCCUUCCCCGCGAAAGGCUGCCUAGGGCCGAAGCCCCACGAGUGCCGCGUCAACUUGGCGUCGCCAUGGCGUCGCGUCGCGCCGGCGCGGCCCUUUGAGGUAGGCGCCCUUUGAGGGGCCCUUUGAGGGCGAGCCCCCAGGGGCCCCCGACGCGACGCGGCGGCGGCGGAAAGCCUCGGAGAAUUAUUUGUUGUUGAAAAAACUAAAAAUGAAUUUCAUUCGAUUGCGCGCUAAUUCUGUACCGCGAAAAAGCAUGACAUGUUGGCCUGUGCAGGUCCCCGCCCUGCGUCGCCUCGCUUCGACGAAGUAAGAGGCGACGGCCCGGGGCGGGGCUCGCGAGCGGCUAAAGAUGUGGAUUUUUCUUUCUUGUUUUGUAAUCGUUAGGAGAUCGUCUCGGCGUACCGCCUCCGGUAGCGCGAGUAUCGGCUCCGUUUAUCUAACCUUUAUUUUACCCAUAUAACUACCAACUUGUAACAUACGUAUAAAAUGCUUCAUUGAGACGAUUAGAAAUACUUGAUUCCCGCCCAGCAUAAAGGCACUUUGAAUGUAUGUAUCGUGUGAAUGAAUGUGUUGAAUGAGCUUGGAGGACAUGCAAGUCACCCAACUAAAAUCAAGUUUGGCCGACGGCGCAAAAUGCACACAAGAUUGGACCCCUGAUGAGAGUGUACACGUGCUACAUGAAAAUCAAGAGGGCUGCUCAACGGACUCACCGAAAAGGGUCUGAAAGGACUUGGUGGCAGACGAUCAAUAUAUUUAUUUAUAGUGUUGUUUUUAUGUAUUACUCGUUCAUGACAAUAUUUACUGUGUACCUUAUCUAACAUGUACUGAGCAACGUAUGAGUACAAAAUGAGAAUCAUUAGAUUUUUACAGAAUGAUAUGUAUACUCAGAAUACUUGAGUAUGGUACAAGCCUCAUAUUUGAGAUUGUGAACCAAAUCAUUGAGGCCCUAUUUUUAAGCUUAUUCCUAGCACUAAGGAAUUUAUGUUAUAUUGACUACUAUUGCUGUACUCUUGCUAUAUUCAACUAGUAUUUAAGGACAAUGCCCAGCUAUAUUAUCCAAGUAAUCAUUAAGUUAUCUAAAGUUAUGUUUCACCAUAUACCCGUAUUUAUACACUGGUGUAUGAUUCCAGUGUUAGCAUGUAAGUUAGUGAGCUAAUUCUAAGUUGUCUUUCCAGAACGCAAUUUUCUUAAUGGUAAGGUAUGUGUCUAAGUCCUCGCAUUAUUUUUGUAAAAACACGAUAAGUUAAGCAAGAUACUCCCCUCUAAGAUAGAGAACAUAUUCAUAUUAAUCGUAUAGCAAAAUAAUCCUAGUCGCACACACCGUGGAGAACCACUGCCACCGCAGAGUGCAUUCCAAUACUCGCCAACAUCCACACUGUUGAAAUAAAAAGUAAUUUAUUAAUAGA